AUGCAGGAGUAUGAAAAGAGGGGACAGCUGAUGUCGUUGUUGCGACGUAUUAUGGAUGGCUCGAAGAUUUUAGUCUUCGCUGAGACCAAAAGAGGUGCUGAUAACUUAACUCGCGACCUGCGAAUGGAGGGCUGGCCUGCGCUGUCUCUGCACGGAGACAAAAAGCAAGAAGAAAGAACGUGGGUCUUAGACGAAUUCAAACAAGGUAGAAACCCUAUCAUGGUUGCGACGGACGUGGCUUCUCGCGGUUUGGACGUGAAAGACAUUCGGCAUGUUAUUAAUUUUGAUAUGCCAAAUCAAAUCGAAGACUACGUACACCGCAUUGGUCGUACAGGAAGAGCUGGAGCAAAGGGGAAUGCUUACACAUUCUUUACAACAGACAAGCAGCGUCUUGCGCGAGACUUGGUGAGAGUUUUAAAAGAAGCGAAUCAAACUGUCCCGCCUGAAUUAGAAGCCCUUGUGGGGUAUGGAGGAGACAGUGGAGGUGGGGGUAGGUGGGGAUCCAGGGGAGGAGGGCCCAGAGGAGGGGGCUUCAGGGGGGGCCCCUAUUCGCGCCCUGGGGGCCCCAAUGGCAUGCCUUUAGGCCCUGCUCGCUUCUAA